AUGGUGUGUUUUAAGAAUUCAGUUUUUGGGGGUUGUUUGAUGCUAAUAGUGUUUACGUGUUGGUUCAAUGCAAAGAGCAUCGAAGCAUUUGGUACAUUCGGAUUCGACAUCCACCACAGGUAUUCUGACGUUGUUAAGGAAUACUUGAACGAGGUUGGGAUGCCGGAAAAUGAUACUGUUGACUACUACACCGCCAUGGCCCACCGUGAUCAUCUCUUCAAUGGCGGCCGCCGCCUUGCCGCCUCCACCACCCCGCCCCCCCUCACUUUCAUGGGUGGCAAUGGGACUUACAGAAGAUCGACUCUUGGAAUCGUGCACUAUUCAUUCGUUAGAGUGGGUACCCCUUAUUUGGAAUUUCUUGUGGCAAUUGACACAAGCAGUGAUCUAUUUUGGUUACCAUGUGAUUGUCCUAACUGUGCACGCUACUAUAACGGUAGCGACGGAAAUAAAUACGAUCUACCCAUAUACAGUCCUAGUAAUUCGACAUCUAGUAAAUUAGUUCCGUGCAAUAGCCCUAUGUGUGGACCCACAAGAGGAUGCUCUACCACUCUUAAGGCUUGUUCUUACCAAAUAGGAAACGUCAACGCCACAAGUAGUACAGGGAUAUUGGUUGAUGAUAUUUUGCAUUUGGGUACAGACACCAAUCCACAAGACCCUGUCGAUGUCUCAGUUACAUUCGGAUGUGGAAAAAAUCAAACCGGAAAUUACUUGACCUAUCGUGGUCUUAAUGGUGUGUUUGGACUUGGUAUGGACAGUAUAUCUGUCCCUAGCAUUUUAGCUAGCAAAAACCUUGUAGCAAAUUCUUUCUCAUUGUGUUUUAUCACUGCUCGAACUGGAAGAAUCGAAUUUGGAGAUAAAGGGACUGCCGAACAAAAAACAACUCCCUUUAAUGUUCAAAAAUCAAACCCAACUUAUAAUAUCACUGUGAAAAAAAUCGCUGUCGAUAAUAAUGCCACCGAUCUUGAGUUCUCCGCAACUCUCAAAUCUAGUGUUCCAUUUACAUACUUGAGUGAACCAGCUUACUCGUUUAUUACAGACAAUUUCAUUUCUCGCAUAACCGAUAAACCUUAUGUCUAUCCAUUCGACUUUCUCGACUAUUGCUAUGCACUCAGUGCAAAUCAAAGUAGCCCUAUAACCCCAAACUUGACCUUCACAAUGAAAGGUGGAGACCAAUUUAAUGUUAUUCUACCAACAAUUCUUUUUCAGGAGGAUGAUGGACUUGUAUAUUGUUUGGCUAUUGUCCAAACCGAGGGUAUUAACAUAAUCGGACUUUUUGGGGGUUGUUUGAUGCUAAUAGUGUUUACGUGUUGGUUCAAUGCAAAGAGCAUCGAAGCAUUUGGUACAUUCGGAUUCGACAUCCACCACAGGUAUUCUGACGUUGUUAAGGAAUACUUGAACGAGGUUGGGAUGCCGGAAAAUGAUACUGUUGACUACUACACCGCCAUGGCCCACCGUGAUCAUCUCUUCAAUGGCGGCCGCCGCCUUGCCGCCUCCACCACCCCGCCCCCCCUCACUUUCAUGGGUGGCAAUGGGACUUACAGAAGAUCGACUCUUGGAAUGUAA